AUGAGCUCUCAACCAAUUGGUCUGACGACGAUCCCCAAGCUGCUGCCUGUCACGGGCACAUUUGCGCUGCCAUUCACAAUCUACUACGCAUUUCUUAGCCUCCGCGUCGUCAAGGAGCGCGUGAAAGACAAACAAUACCUGGGCGAAAACUCCUUGAAGCCCGGAGCGGAACCCGAAGCGUACAAAAGCAACACGCUCUACCUUGCCGGCCGUUCGCAUAUCAAUUUCGUCGAGAAUGUGCCGCUCGCUUUCAUCCUCGCCUCCUUGAUCGAGGUCAAUGGCGGCAACCGCAAGACCCUGAGCUGGUUGCUUGGGAGCUUCCUCGCCUUUCGCGUGCUGCACGCCGAGCUGGGGAUCAUGAAGCCCGACGGCAUGGGCAAGGGCAGGCCCGUCGGCUACUUCGGUAGCAUUGGCGUUCUCGGUGCACUGGCGGGCUACGGGGCCUUCUUGGUCAAGGGAUAUUGGGGAUGCUGA